AUGAUGAUAACGUUUUUUGCGUUCGCUCUUCUUUAUGGAUCGAUCUUCUCGAAGCCGCCUCCCUCGGGAGAACCUGCGGCGAAGAAGCUAUGCAGUGAGGGGCAAUCCUCGGCUGCUGGUACCUCAGGCACUGCCUCCGCGCCUCCUUCGGCUCCUCCCCCGGUCCCCCGCGCAAGCUCCUCCGGCAGCUCUGCUGCCACGGCUUCUGCGCCUGGUCGCACGCCUGCUCCUUCUGCGCCUCGCCCGGCGCCUUCUUCUCGCUUUUGGCCUGUGCAGCCGAAACCUGAACCAGACCAUACUGCUGCUGGCGUGACCACCGGUCUUGCACCCAACGCUCGCUAUCGAAACUUGCGCCGUCAUCGCAUGACGGUUGGAGCGGUUCUGCACACUCUGACGCGCAACACGCAAUCGAUGGUUGAUGUGAUUUUCCCCGAGUAUUCAUCGGAGGAGGUUCGCGCCGCGGUGCUUUCGCGUAUCUCAGCUCUCAUCAACGGUCAGGCAUUCAACGGUGUUAUUCCCUCGUUUGAGUCAGCGGCCAGUGAGGCCUUGCGGCUUCCCCGCCACACAAAUUCCAGGCAUACCUUUUCUUGGCCUUCUGCUAAUGACGCUAGGAUCUUUCGCAGCCUCUUUCCGGUCACGGUUCGUCUGGCUAACAACCGUGGGAUGAAAGUCAAGGUGUUCUCAGAUCCCAAUCGGGAGUUCACGACGGCUCGCGCCAGGGGUGACACCCAUGUGGUUCUCCGCAACGUUCCGCUGGGGUACUCCCCCGAGCGCAUGCGCAGCAUACGUCUCGCGGGAACGACCGAGGCAGGACUGCCUUGGCUCUCUGAUCUUCGCCUGUUUCACAGGCUCAAGGACCCUUACGAUGACUCGGCUUAUUCUCAGCUACUCGGUCUUCCUGUGGCAGCAAACAGGGAUGCGGGCUUUGAUCGUAUCCCUGCGGUCCUCUGGCUUCCGGGUCAGGAGGAUCCGGUGCUUCUCAACAUUUCAUCCCACUCCUGUUCCGUCUGCUCCAGUAACCACCGCGUGACUGAUCACGCGUGCUUCGCCCUCACCCGCCGUGCGCGCCUCCCAAACCGCCACACCAUCUCGGUGGCCCAGCUGCAAACUGUUAACGGACGGCUGAUUGGCCAGCAGCCUGCCCUAGCAGCUUUCAAGAAGGAUCCCGGCCUUCUCCUGAUUGGGCUCGACCUGGACGUCGAAGUCUGGACGUGUUCCCUGUGCGACUUCGCGUGUGGGUUUGCGCUGGACAGCGCAAUGUAUCACCUCGCUUUAGAGUCUCACCUCAAGCGCCUGUAG